AUGAAGGGUCUUGUUUUCGUGGGUUUGAACAAGAUCGAGAUCCAGGAGCGACCCAAACCACUGAUAGUUGAACCAACGGAUGCCAUCAUAAGGCUGGCCAAGACGACCAUUUGCGGCAGCGACCUGCACAUUCUCAAAGGCCACGUCCCACGCGUCCCAUUCGGGCGCAUCAUGGGCCACGAGGGCCUCGGGACCGUCGACGCCGUCGGUGCGAGCGUAACGCGGUUCAAACCCGGCGAUCGUGUGAUCAUCUCGACGAUGACCAAGUGCGGGCGAUGCGAGUUCUGCGCGCAGGGGAUGUACUCGCACUGUGCAGACGGUGGCUGGACGCUGGGCAAUACCGUCGACGGCACGCAGGCGGAGUACACGCGCGUGCGUCACGCGGACGGUAGCCUGUACCUCGCGCCGUCGGGCGUCGACGAAGAUGCGCUAGUGAUGGCAAGCUGCAUGCUUCCGACAGGCAUGGAAUGCGGGGUACUCAGCGGGCACGUGCAGCCUGGGUGCCGAGUCGCGAUCGUGGGUGCGGGCCCCAUCGGGCUGUCUGCACUGAUGUCUGCACAACUGUACUCGCCGUCGGUCAUCAUAAUGCUUGAUUUGGACCCGGCGCGGCUGGAGGCGGGGCGGAGGCUGGGUGCUACGCACGCUGUGCUGUCUGGACCGCAUGCGGUAGAGGAGGUGAUGCGGAUCACGGAUGGCAAAGGAGUCGACACUGCAAUCGAGGCAGUGGGGUCGCCCCCUACGUUCGAACUGUGCCAGGAGCUCAUCGGGGUGGGCGGGACGAUCGCCAACAUCGGAAUUCACGGUGGCAAGGUGGACCUUCACAUGGACAAGCUGUGGGAUCGAAACAUCACGGUGACGACGCGCCAGGUGGACAAUGGCAGCACGGCGGACCUCAUGGAGCUCAUCGCGCGCGGACAGAUCGACGCGGGGGCGCUUGCGACGCACUACUUCCGCUUUGACGAGAUACAGGAGGCGUAUGCGUGCUUCUCGAAUGCAGCUGCGAACAAGGCACUCAAGGUCAUCGUUGAUUUUGAGGGCACGGGGGGCGCGGCCGCACGUCUUUGA